CAAUCGGUCCUGUCUUUUUCAUUGUCCAAAGAGAAGUAUCGAAAUCUAACCUUUUGUUCUGGCAAGAACUUGUGUCAAUUCUAGAAUCAUGGAGCCCGGCCAGAUUCUCCUGUCCUGUUUACUGGUGCUAUCUCUUUCUUUGGUGGAGAUUUCAACGGACUCAUCUCUGAACUCGACUCAAGAGAGUAGAGCGGGAAAACUCAUAUCCAUGUUCCAAAUCGUCAAAUUCAAGAAUGAAGCUUGCGCCGCGGGAGGAGUUCGAAACGGGACGUGUUACACCGGCGACGAAUGCAAAACUCGAGGGGGUUCAUCGGCGGGCUCAUGUGCUGGUGGAUAUGGGGUGUGCUGUGCAUUCACCUUGUCAUGUGGGGCCACGACUGUGGAGAAUUGCACCUAUUUGGUUGAGACUGGAUCGGCCAGCACCAUCAGUCCGUGCAAGUACACGGUUUGCCCAUGCAGCCGAGAUAUAUGCCGGAUCCGAUUCGACUUUAUGACCUUCAAUAUCAAAGGCCCUGUGACAGGCACUGCCAUUUCUGAUCCCGCCAUGACGGCGGCCACCACCGAAGGCGGAGCCAUCGGCGAUUGCACCACCGACACUUUCACCAUCACGGCCCCCGGAAAUUUUGCUCCGCCUCUUAUUUGUGGAUUCAACAGUGGACAACAUAUGAUUGUGGAUGCAUCCCCUGAUAAGUGCAACGAAGCAAAUUUUGGCCUAGUUGGAGGUGGAACGCGAAAUUGGGACAUCAAAGUGACUCAAUAUGCUUGUGGCGAUGAACAAGGAGGACCUGAUGGAUGUCUUCAGUACUUUACUGGAACCACGGGGACAGUAGCAAGUUUCAAUUUCCCCACAACAGCAUCGAUAUUGGAACCAUCAACGACCCAUCUUUCAAAUCAACAACAGAGCAUGUGCUGGAGACAAGAGACGAACACUUGCGCUAUUUGUUGGAUCCCUGAGAUAUUGGGAACGGAUCAAAUAACUGGAUCGUUUGGUAUCAGUACCACUGCAGGAGGCAAUAAAGCACGUGGGGAAACCGACGGAAAAUGCCAAGGCGACUAUCUUUUGAUUCCUGAUGCUCAGUCCGAUGUCGCAACCGAAGAUGCAGACACGUUUGUUGUUGGCAGCAUCGGUUCGGAUGUGCGGCUCAGUGAUCGGGUUUGCGGGCGACAACUUAGUUCAGCCAAUGACAAUGGCGACCGGAGAAUGUCCUUGUCAGUUUGCACCCAACAACGACCUUUCCGCAUGACCUUUAAAACGGACGCAGAUGAGGUGACUCUAACCUCUACUUCAGCCGCUCCCAAUUCUGCUGCGUCCAACGAGUUGAGCCGAAUUCCCGGGGGAAUCGUGGGCUUCAAUCUUCGAUGGACACUGCAAGCUUGUUCUUAGAGGACCAAAAUCCAAUGUUUAUCGCAUAUUUAGAGAGUUUCUUGGAGCAAAAUGUUCUACCUUAUGACGAAGCAUUGACAUCACGAACAAUUUGAUGAUAUUA